AUGGUUGACAUUCCAGCAGCUACACGCCGAAACAUCUGCUUUCAGCAUGAUGAAGCGCCUGCACAGUUUUUUAUGGAAUACCUCCAUAGAAUAUAUCCUGUUAAAAAGCGCAUGACUACCAAGCGCAUGAUCAAACGCAUGGCCACCGCGAUCCUCCGACCUAACUCCCCUAUAUUUGUACCUGUAUAUGUACCUGUGCCUGUAUAUACCCCUAUAUUUGUACCUGUACCCAUAUACAUGAAGUCUAUGUUAUUUAUGUGCAGUUAUUUGUAUUAUUAUUAUGUUGUUUGCUGUAUAUUAUUGAGAAGGGGAUUCGGCAAACAAGGCUACCAGUGCCAAAUUUGUAGCUUCGUUGUGCACAAAAGAUGCCACGAGUUCGUCACUUUCAGUUGUCCAGGGGCCGACAAAGGGGUCGAUUCAGACGAUGUAAGGACGAGGCAUCAGUUUAUGAUCCACACGUAUACAAGUCCCGCAUUUUGCGACCAUUGUGGUUCUCUUCUCUAUGGCAUCAUUCACCAAGGACUCAAAUGUAAAGCUUGUGACAUGAAUGUCCACAAGAAAUGCCAGGUUAGUGUGCCUAACUUGUGCGGAUGUGAUCACACCGAGAGGAGGGGGAGAAUCGAACUGCGAGUGGAAGCUACAUCGAACAGACUUGUAUGCGAAGUGCGACAAGCAAAAAAUCUGAUUCCUAUGGAUCCCAACGGUCUUUCUGAUCCUUAUGUGAAACUCAAACUCAUUCCUGAAAAUCGUAGUUCACAAAAGAAAAAAACUAAAACCAUUAAAGCCUGCCUGAAUCCCCAAUGGAUGGAGACGAUAACGUU